UGUCAUCAGCCGCGACUUUCAGUUGCACAUGUUAGCAUACAGCUAAAGCUACGCAACGUAUUCCUGACGUUUCUGUUGUAAACAAAGUUUGUAUUGAUUAUCAGUAUUGGUUAAGUUCACACUGCAGCGUAUAUUUGAUGUUUUUUGGUUUUCAGCAGUGAAUGCUGAAAGAUGUGAAUGAAACUUUCAGGCUUUGAGUUGAUAUACAGAAGCCUGUUGUGAUCAGUGAGCCACGGGAUUAUAUUAUUUUUGUUUGAUCAUCAUUAUUAAUGAUUGUGUAAAUCAUGCAGAAGGACUCGAGAGUGAUAAAGACCUCUGCGCCUCCGGUGUCUCAGAUUAACGCGGAAUAUGUCACUCAGCUUUCAAACAAAUACUGGGCUCCUCAUGUCAAGAGCAAACUACCUUUUGAUCCUCAGGUCAUUGAAGACAUUUACCAGAAUGAGAUUCUUAAAUCAAAAUUUGCCAUCAGAAAAAUCAUGCUUCUGGAGUUCAGCCAGUACCUGGAGAACUACCUGUGGCCGAACUACACACCUGAAGCCUCCACUAACGGCUACCUGAUGUCCAUCUGCUGUAUCGUCAAUGAGAAGUUUCGUGAAAAUGUUCCCGCGUGGGAGGUUUUUAAGAAAGCUCCCACACACUUCCCUCACUUCUUCAAGUGUGUGAUGGAGUCGUGUCUGUCAGGCGAGCAGCUCGGCCUGCCGCUGAAGGAGCAAACCGUGCUGCUGCUCUUCCUCGAUCACUGCUUCAACAGUCUGGAAGUGGACUUGAUCCGUGAGCAGGUGCAGAAGCUGGUCUCUAUGCCCAUGUGGAUGUGUCUGCUGCCGACGAGACUGCAGCAGGAACUGAAAAAGGUCCCAAAACUGCAGAAGUUCUGGAACCUCAUUAAAAAGAACUAUGAGAAGAUGGACCCGCAGGAUAUGGAGCAAACUAAGAAGGAGCGCACCUUUCUCGCUUCCCUCAUCAAGAAGUUCCUGGUGGUGCUCAUGUCCAUCCCUGCAGCAGGCUCCGUCUCCAUGGAGAAGGUUCACUACUGUGAGAGAUUCAUUGAGUUCAUGAUUGACCUGGAGGCUCUCCUCCCGACGCGGCGCUGGUUCAACACAGUGUUGGAUGACGCUCAUCUGGUGGUCAACUGCCAGCUGUCUCACCUCACCGACAGGGAGAAAGAGGGUCACCUCUUCUGCCAGCUCCUGGACAUGUUGAAGUUCUACACUGGCUUUGAGAUCAGUGAUCAGACAGGAAAUGCGCUCACACAGAAAGAGAUGACCACACUUCACUACGACAGAAUCACCUCUCUACAGAGAGCAGCGUUUGCUCAUUUCCCUGAGCUCAAUGAUUUUGCCCUGUCUAAUGUGGCCGCCGUGGACACGCGGGAGUCCCUCAACAAACACUUCGGCCAUCUCAGUCCAAAUACCCUCCACCGGGUGUCAGCGUACCUUUGUCUCCUCCCUGAGCUUCCUGAUGGAGAAGAUACAUCCUACGAUAAAGAAUUCCUUCUGGAGCUACUGGUGUCCCGCCAUGAGAGACGAAUCUCCCAGAUAGAACAGCUCAACCAGAUGCCUCUGUACCCCACCGAGAAGAUCAUCUGGGACGAGAACAUCGUUCCCACUGAGUACUAUUCUGGAGAAGGUUGUUUAGCUCUCCCCAAGCUGAACCUGCAGUUUCUAACCCUGCAUGACUAUCUUUUGAGAAACUUCAACCUCUUCCGACUGGAGUCCACCUAUGAAAUCCGGCAGGAUAUCGAGGACAUCGUGUUACGGAUGAAACCAUGGCAGUCGGAGUAUGGAGGAGUGGUGUUUGGAGGAUGGGCUAGAAUGGCACAGACCAUAGCAUCGUUUUCUAUCGUGGAGGUGGCGAAGCCAAACAUUGGAGAGAACUGGCCGGCCCGCGUCCGUGCUGACGUCACCAUUAACCUCAACAUCCGGAAUAACAUCAAAAACGAGUGGGAGGGGCUGAGGAAGCACGACGUUUGCUUUCUGGUCACGGUUCGGCCAAACCUGCUCUUCGGCACACGCUUUGACCGCCGGCAGCCGUUUGUGGAUCAGGCCGGGCUGGUGUACGUGAGAGGCUGUGAGGUGCAGGGCAUGCUGGAUGAUAAGGGCCGCGUCAUAGAGGAAGGUCCUGAUCCAAAGCCCAAAUUAAGAGGUGACACCAGGACAUUCCGGAUAUGGCUCGACCCAAACCAGUACCAGCAGGACAUGACCAACAGCAUCCAGAACGGAACAGAAGACCCCUAUGAGACCUUUAAUAUCAUCAUGAGACGCAAACCCAAAGAGAACAACUUCAAGGCCGUGUUGGAGACCAUUCGUAACCUGAUGAACACAGAGUGUGUGGUGCCCGACUGGCUUCACGACAUCAUUCUGGGUUAUGGAGAUCCUGGUAGUGCCCAUUACUCAAAGAUGCCUAACCAGAUUUCCUCUCUGGACUUCAACGACACCUUCCUGUCCAUCGAGCACCUGAAGUCCUGUUUCCCCAAUCACACGGUGAAGGUGACGGAGGAAGAUCCCGCUCGACAGGUCCCUCCUUUCAGAAUUCAAUUCCCUGCACAGAAUGUGAAGGGUAAAAAGCGUAAAGCAAAUGAGGAGGAGAAGCCAGAUGAGGAAGAUCUCACGCUGGUGGUUGAGCCUCAUGUGAUUCCCAACAGGGGCCCGUAUCCCUACAACCAGCCCAAACGAAACACCAUCCAGUUUACACCAACCCAGAUUGAAGCCAUUCGUGCAGGGAUGCAACCGGGACUUACUAUGGUUGUUGGUCCUCCUGGAACAGGAAAAACAGACGUGGCUGUUCAGAUCAUCUCCAACCUGUACCACAACUUCCCAGAGCAGAGGACGCUUAUCGUCACACACUCGAAUCAGGCUCUGAACCAGCUGUUUGAGAAGAUUAUGGCAUUAGACAUUGAUGAGCGUCACCUUCUGCGUCUGGGACAUGGAGAAGAAGAACUGGAGACUGAGAAAGAUUUCAGCAGGUAUGGAAGAGUGAACUAUGUCCUCUCUCGCCGUCUGGAGCUCCUGCGGGAGGUGGCGCGUCUGCAGGAGAGUCUAGAUGUUCCCGGUGACGUCUCCUACACCUGUGAGACCGCUGGACAUUUCUACCUCUACCAGGUAAUGUCACGCUGGGAGGAAUACAUGAGUAAAGUGAAGCCAAAACCCAGCCGAGAGGUGAAGACGGAGGACGUGGCGUCACACUUCCCCUUCCAUAAGUACUUCUCCAACGCUCCUCAGCCGGUGUUCAAAGGCCAGUCUUAUCAGGAGGACAUGGACAUCGCUGAGGGCUGCUACCGCCACAUCCGCAAGAUCUUCACCCAACUGGAGGAGUUCAGGGCGUUUGAGCUGUUGCGCAGUGGACUGGACCGAUCCAAAUACCUGCUGGUUAAAGAGGCCAAGAUCAUCGCCAUGACCUGCACGCACGCCGCCCUCAAACGCCACGACCUGGUGGAGCUGGGCUUCAAGUAUGAUAAUAUCCUGAUGGAGGAGGCAGCUCAAAUUCUGGAGAUUGAGACCUUCAUCCCACUGCUGCUACAGAAUCCAGAGGACGGCUACAGUCGACUCAAACGCUGGAUUAUGAUUGGUGAUCAUCAUCAGUUGCCUCCUGUCAUUAAGAACAUGGCCUUUCAGAAAUAUUCAAACAUGGAGCAGUCACUUUUUACUCGCUUUGUGCGUCUGGGUGUCCCUACUGUAGACCUGGAUGCCCAGGGCAGAGCACGGGCCAGUCUGUGUAACCUGUAUAACUGGCGCUAUAAGCAGCUGGGGAACCUCCCUCAUGUUCAGCUCCAGCCCGAGUUCCAGGCGCCGAACCCUGGAUUCUCCUACGACUUCCAGCUCGUUAACGUGGAGGACUUCAACGGCGUGGGUGAAUCAGAACCCAACCCAUACUUUUAUCAGAAUCUGGGGGAGGCCGAGUAUGCGGUGGCGCUGUACAUGUACAUGCGUCUGCUGGGAUAUCCUGCUGAACGCAUCAGCAUACUGACCACCUACAACGGCCAGAAGCACCUGAUACGAGACGUCAUCAACCAGAGAUGUGCCGGCAACUCCUUCUUCGGACAGCCCAGUAAAGUGACCACAGUGGACAGGUUCCAGGGUCAACAGAACGAUUACAUCAUCCUCUCGCUGGUCCGCACCAAAGCCGUAGGACAUUUGAGAGAUGUGCGGCGUCUGGUUGUGGCCAUGUCUCGUGCGAGGCUCGGCCUCUACAUAUUUGCUCGAGUGUCUCUUUUCCAGAACUGCUAUGAGCUGACGCCAGCCUUUAGCCAGCUGACCGCCCGACCUCUGCAGCUGCACAUCCGGCCCCAUGAAUACUACAGCUCUACGGAGGAGCGAUCCGCCCAGCCUGAUCAGGUGGUCAAGGACAUGCCGGAGAUGGCUAACCUGGUUUACAACAUGUACAUGCACAUGAUUCAGAGCAUGCAGCAGCACAGACAACAGCAGCUCCUGGAUCCUCCUCGUCAGCUGCUGAAUUCAGAGGAGCCCAUGGAGGCCGAUGAAGAGCGUCCCGAGACUCAAAGUCAGAGUGAAGAGCAGCAGCCAACAGCUGCUGAGAAAGAGGAGGGACAGACGAAGACAGAGGACCGGAAUGAUGAGGAAGAGCAGGAUCAUUCUAAAAUGCCUGAACACCCAGGCAGAGACAGCGACAGCGGCGACAGCGAUGAGGAAGGAGAGGCCUAAAGAACCUCAUUCACCUACAGAUGUUUUUGUUGUUUUUUUUUAGAAUAUUACUUUUUACGAACAUUGAGUGUUGAAUGUUCAUUCAUCUUUUGUAAGAGGACUUUUGUAAUAAAAAUUAAUUAAAAAUGCACUCUUUAAGUCAUGCCUUUUAUUCGUUUAUCUAACACACCAUAUUCUUCCCCUAAAAAUCUUAUUGUUUUGUAUCCCAAUAGCCAGAUUUCCAUUAGAUACUGUCAUUCAAAUGUCAUUUUAAUAUUGUUGAAAUGUUGUAAUAUUUUGAAUUAGAUCCUUUUAUGUUCAUUUUACUUGUAAAGUUUUAGUAAUAUGUAUUUAUUUUUUUACAUAUAGUUUCCAAGGUUUUAG